GCCCACUUUCCGGCGCGAGCGUUCCCUUCCCUUUCGGGCCGGAAUCGCGAUUUCCCCCUCCGGUGCGGCUGCGCGUUGAGCCUUACAUCCGGGCACUGGGGCAGGAUGAAUGCUCCUUUCCAAGAUGGCGGCGGAGGGAGGAGGGAAGGAGAUGAACGAGAUUAAGACCCAGUUCACCACCCGGGAGGGGCUGUACAAGCUGCUGAGCCACUCGGAGUACAGCCGGCCCAACCGGGUGCCCUUCAACUCGCAGGGCUCCAACCCCGUCCGCGUCUCCUUCGUCAACGUCAACGACCAGAGCGGCAACGGCGACCGGCUCUGCUUCAAUGUGGGCCGGGAACUCUACUUCUAUAUAUACAAGGGGGUGCGCAAGGCCGCGGACUUGAGUAAACCCAUAGAUAAAAGGAUAUACAAAGGAACACAGCCGACGUGUCAUGACUUCAAUCAUUUAACAGCCACGGCUGAAAGCGUCUCUCUACUAGUGGGCUUCUCUGCAGGCCAGGUGCAACUUAUAGACCCUAUUAAAAAAGAAACUAGCAAACUAUUUAACGAGGAAAGACUAAUAGACAAGUCCAGAGUGACCUGUGUAAAAUGGGUGCCAGGUUCAGAAGGCCUUUUCUUAGUAGCUCAUUCCAGUGGCAAUAUGUACUUGUAUAACGUGGAACACAAUUGUGGCACCACAGCCCCACACUACCAGCCACUAAAACAAGGCGAAAGCUUUGCGGUCCACACUUGCAAGAGCAAAUCGACACGAAACCCUCUGCUUAAAUGGACAGUAGGCGAAGGGGCUCUGAAUGAAUUUGCUUUUUCCCCUGAUGGGAAAUUCUUGGCGUGCGUCAGCCAAGAUGGCUUUCUUCGGGUAUUUAACUUUGAUUCAGUGGAGUUGCACGGUACAAUGAAAAGCUACUUCGGAGGAUUGCUUUGCGCAUGUUGGAGCCCAGAUGGAAAGUACAUUGUAACUGGGGGCGAGGAUGACUUGGUGACUGUCUGGUCUUUUGUGGACUGUCGAGUGAUAGCUAGAGGCCAUGGACACAAAUCAUGGGUCAGUGUCGUGGCCUUUGAUCCCUAUACUACUAGCGUAGAAGAAAGCGAUCCGAUGGAAUUUAGCGGCAGUGACGAGGAUUUCCAAGACCUCCAUUUUGGAAGGGAUCGCGCAAAUAGCACUCAGUCUAGGUUAUCGAAAAGGAACUCUACAGACAGUCGGCCAGUAAGCGUAACGUACAGGUUUGGUUCAGUCGGCCAGGACACGCAGCUGUGUUUAUGGGACCUCACAGAAGAUAUCCUCUUCCCUCACCAACCCCUCUCCAGAGCAAGGACACACACAAAUGUCAUGAAUGCCACGAGCCCGCCUGCAGGAAGUGGCAGCGCUAACCCAGGAAGUAAUGGGAACAGCAUAACGACGCCUGGAAACUCUGUGCCCCCUCCUCUUCCACGAUCCAAUAGCCUUCCACAUUCUGCAGUCUCCAAUUCUGGCAGUAAAAGCAGUGUCAUGGACGGUGCCAUUGCUUCUGGUGUUAGUAAGUUUGCAACCUUAUCACUACACGACCGGAAGGAAAGACACCACGAAAAAGAUCACAAGCGAAACCAUAGCAUGGGACAUAUAUCCAGUAAGAGCAGUGACAAACUCAAUUUAGUUACUAAAACCAAAACGGACCCGGCAAAAACUUUGGGGACGCCUCUCUGUCCCCGAAUGGAAGAUGUCCCUUUGUUAGAGCCUCUUAUCUGUAAAAAGAUAGCACACGAAAGACUGACUGUGUUAAUUUUUCUUGAAGACUGUAUAGUCACUGCUUGUCAGGAGGGAUUUAUUUGCACAUGGGCAAGGCCUGGUAAAGUGGGUUCAUUGUCAUCCCAAAACCAGGCCAAUUCUCCAAGUGGAACUGUAGUAUAGCCACUACACUCCUGCUAGCAAAUCUAUGAACACAGAACAAGAAGUAAUGGCAUUGGAACCAGAAGCCGCAGUUCAGCCAGAGAACACCACAGAUUCUUUACAGGCUGAGAAUAAACUUGGAGUUAUGUGAAUCACAUAGUGUUUUAUUUAAAAACCCAAUAAUAAUGUAAAGAAGUUAUUUUUACAUCUGAUAUUUCUAGGCUGCUCACUGAAAGAAGAAUUUUGCUUUAAAAAUGGUUCUUUUGGUGUUGCGAUUAAAUAGCGAAACGUUUCCAGUUUCUCUAUACUUUUCAAGUUCAGUGUAAUUAAGUAUCUAUAUACACACACAGACACACACACAGAGAAAGGGGAUAUAUAGUGUAAAAUGAAACUUUUCUUCAAUCCAAGCAAGUUUAAUGGUUAGUACUUCACAGUUGUUUGAUUUUUUGCACUGAUUUUUUAAAACUAGAGAUGCUAAACCUGGGAUAAUGUCAUGGGAAAUGAAAGUCAUUUUCUGGCUUAACAAUUGUAAUUCAGGAAAAUGGAUGUUGCAUAGGGUUUUUUCUAAAAAAAAUUGUUUGCACUUAAAUAGCUUAAUGCUAGUAGAGAAUUACUUUUAAUUGGGUGUUUUGAAUACCCUGUAAAAUUAUGUUAUGGAGAAAAGAGAUCCUUUGUACCUAUUAAAACAUUUUAUUUUAAUAAUGUUUUCAACUGCAAUCUGAUAUGUAUUAUAAUGUGUAAAUAAUGUAAUUCAGUGAUUGGGGAGAAUUUGGUCAUUUCGCUAGUAAUUUUCAUUUGAGAAAGUAAUAUUUCUAAUUCAGAAAAUCCAUAUUAAACUAUCUUGAAUAUACAGUUUUGUUUAUAUUCUGUUUUAAAUUAAA